AUGCACAUCAAUUCUGUUCUACCUUCGCCACCUAGCAAACCAGGCCUGCACAUCAAUUCUGGUCUAUGUUUGCCACCUAGCAAACCAGGCCUGCACAUCAAUUCUGGUCUAUCUACGCCUCCUAGCAAACCGGGCCUGCACAUCAAUUCUGGUCUAUCUUCGCCACCUAGCAAGCCAGGCCUGCACAUCAAUUCUGGUCUAUCUACGCCUCCUAGCAAACCAGGCCUGCACAUCAAUUCUGGUCUAUCUACGCCUCCUAGCAAACCAGGCCUGCACAUCAAUUCUGGUCUAUCUACGCCUUCUAGCAAACCGGGCCUGCACCUCAAUUCCUGUAUGUCUACGCCACCUAGCAAACCGGGCCUGCACAUCAAUUCUGGUCCAUCUUCGCCACCUAGCAAACCAGGCCUGCACAUCAAUUCUGGUAUGUCUACGCCUCCUAAUCUACCGCCCAUUCAUAUCAAGUCUGGUAUGUCUACGCCUCCUAGUAAACAGGGCCUGUACGUCAAUUCUGGUCUAGCUUCGCCACCUAGCAAACCGGGCCUGCAUAUCAAUUCUGGUCUAUUUUUGCCUCCUAGCAAACCGGGCCUCGACAUACAUUCUUGGGGUGGUCUAUAUACACCCCAUAACAAACCGGGCAUGCACAUCAAUUCUGCUAUAUCUACGCCCCUUAACAAACCGGGCAUGCACGUCAAUUUCGGUAUUUUUUACGCCCCUGACUAA